AUGUCGUCCUCCUCCGCCCGCCGUCCAAUCACUCCGCCUCCGCAAACGACGAACAAGCCCGGCAACCUCCCCGCCGCUCCUCUGACCCCAGAACAAGUGCGCCAGCUCGAGAUCAGCCGGCUAAAGGCCAAAGCCCUCCGCGCCCAAGCUGAUACAGAGACCGCCGCCGCCGCCGCGACGUCCAGCAGCGCCCACGCCGGCCAAAAGCGGCCACACUCCGCCAUAAGCACGACCACCACCCGAGUAGCGGCGCGCAACCACCGCGAUGGCACUUCGGCGACUGCCGGAACCGCCGGGAGAAUCGCAGCCACGACAAUGACGGCGCCGUCAGACAACGCCUACGUGCGACCGGCCAAGAAAUUCGAGAAGAGCAGCUACAUCGAGUACGACCUGUCGGCCAUGACGGACACGAAAGGCGGCUUCCUCUCGACGGCAGACGACCCGCACAACAAGGCGCUGAACUCGGGCCUCGCCCGCGGCGACAGGGACGCCGAGGAGCAGAGGCCGCCGCACAUGACCAUGGCCGAGUGGCAGCGGCACCAGCUGCUCAAGAAGCUGCGCGCCGCCAAAGCGGGGCCGUUCGAGCCGGGCAUCUCGGUGUUGGACAACGACGGCGACGCCGGCAAGCGGCGCACGUGUCGCGAGUGCGCCGUCUCCCGCGAGAUUGACUUCCAGUGGCUGGACGUCUUCGGCGUCGCCGUGUGCGCCGCGUGCAAGGAGCGCCACCCGGAGCGGUACAGCUUGUUGACCAAGACGGAGGCGCGCGAGGAUUAUCUGUUGACGGACCCGGAGCUGCGUGACGAGGAGCUAUUUCCCCGCCUCGAGAAGCCGAAUCCCCGCUCUGCGACGUAUCACAGCAUGCAGCUGUUUCUGCGAUGCCAGCUCGAGGAGUACGCUUUCUCCGCGAGGAAGUGGGGCAGUGCCAAGGCGCUGGAUGAGGAGUUUGCGAGGAGGGAGGCGGAGAAGAAGGAGCGGAAGGAGAAGAAGUUUAAGAAUAAGCUGGAGGACUUGAAGAAGAGAACGCGGGUUGAGGCGUAUAAGCGCAGCAGGCAGGUGGGCGCGGCGGUGGGGGACGGUAUCGGCUUGGACGGUACGAGCGGCGGGGGGCGGCCGACGGCGCAGUUUGGCGAUAAGGUCUCCGGGAGGUUCGACCGGCAUGAGCAUGAGUGGGGGAGAGCGGUCGAGGACCCGGAGACGGGGCUGACGAAGAAGAGGUGCAUCGAGUGCGCGAUGGAGGUCGAGGAGCUCGAGUUCUAA